UACAUUGUUUUAAUACCUGAAUCGUGUAGAGAAAGCAUGGACGAUGGUAUCACCAAAAUAGCUGCCGAACCGCUUAGUUAGACUAGGGUUAGGGUAGUUCAACAAAAUGUCAGAAUCGCCGUUGAAGCAUUGCAAUUUUUUAAUGAAAGUCGCAUGACUAGAUUGUUAGUUUUAAACUGCUUCCUCAUAGACCUGGGCAUGUGACAGGAGGUCCAGCUCGUGCAACUUACAAUGGCUACAGGGCGACUUCAUGUGCUAACUUGUCUCCUCGGCUUAGUAUGUUCUGUGUGGACAAGGGAUGACUCCAAUGCAUCGACGCCGAACAUUAUCAUCAUGCUCAUGGAUGAUAUGGGAUGGGGUGACCUAGGAGUGUUUGGGCAGCCCUCCAAAGAGACUCCCAACUUGGACCGGAUGGCUGCUGAGGGGAUGCUGUUCCCUAACUUCUACACUGCCAACCCACUCUGCUCACCAUCCAGAGCAUCCCUCUUAACUGGAAGGCUACCGGUCAGGAAUGGUUUUUACACCACAAACGCCCAUGCAAGGAAUGCAUACACUCCUCAGAACAUAGUUGGUGGGAUCGCACAGGAGGAAGUUCUCCUCCCAGAGAUGCUGAAGAAAAAGGGAUACUCUACCAAACUCGUUGGCAAGUGGCAUCUUGGGCACCGCCCAGGUCACCUGCCUCUGCAACACGGCUUUGACCAGUGGUUCGGCGCACCCAACUGUCACUUUGGUCCCUACAACGGCAUCAACACUCCUAACGUACCUGUCUACAACAACUCUGAGAUGAUUGGAAGGUAUUACGAAGAUUUCCAUAUUGACCGUAAAACCGGGGAAUCAAACCUUACACAGAUCUUCUUGGAGGAAGGACUAGGCUUCAUCUUCACCCAAUCCUUAGCCCAUCACCCUUUCUUUCUCUACUGGGCCCCAGAUGCAACCCACGCGCCGGUGUACGCCUCAAAGAAGUUCCUGGGAAAAAGCCAAAGGGGACUCUAUGGGGAUGCAGUGAUGGAGCUGGACUACGCUGUGGGCCAGAUCCUGGAUUGGCUCAAUCUCCUGGGCAUCGCCAAGAACACCUUCGUCUUCUUCACCUCCGACAACGGAGCGGCCCUCAUGUCCGGAGUUAUGGGUGGCAGUAACGGCCCAUUCUUGUGUGGCAAGGAGACCACCUUCGAGGGGGGCAUGAGGGAACCUGCCAUCGCCUGGUGGCCUGGUCGGAUCCCUGAGGGCACGGUGAGUCAUCAGCUGGGCAGUGUAAUGGAUCUCUUCAGUACCAGUGUUGCCCUGGCUGGACUGGCUGUCCCAGAUGACCGGGAGCUGGAUGGCCUCGACCUGAGGCCCGUCCUCUUCAACAAUACAGUCAUCGACAGGCCCAUCUUCUAUUACCGUGGCAACGAGAUGAUGGCGGUGCGGGUGGGGCCCUACAAGGCACACUAUUGGACGUGGAGCAACUCCUGGGAGGAGUUGAAUAAGGGCAUCAAUUUCUGCCCUGGACAAGAGGUGGCUGGCAUCACCACCCACACCCAAGAGGAGCACACCAUGCAGCCUAUCAUCUUCCACCUGGGGCGGGACCCUGGGGAGAAGUAUCCAAUCAGUGUCCUCAAACAUGAGUAUGCAGCUGCUCUGAAGCGCAUCAGCCCCAUUGUGGAGCAGCACAAGAUGAAGCUGGUUCCAGGCGCACCUCAGCUGAACAUGUGUGACGAGGCCGUCAUGAACUGGUCUCCUCCUGGAUGUGAGAAGUUGGGCAAGUGCAUCACGCCUCCAAAGUCCCAGCCUGUCAAGUGUGACUGGCCACACUGAUUCAGAAAUGUGACCAGGAAUGACACAUUUUUGCCAAUAACUUUUGAUGGACCUCUGUGGGUUGCAAUUUGUAGAUGGAGUUGGGGAUUGUUUUGAUAUCUUCAUUUUAUCUACCUGAUUUUAAUUUCUUAUAACGUGUUUAUAUUGCUUAAAAUCUGAAAUGUACACCCCCCCCUCUCUUCCCCCCCCCCCUGAAAUAUCACACCUUUGCAUUUUUUAAAAGCCAAACAUGCAGAGAAACAUUCCAGCAUAAUGUUAGUUGACUGUUUUGUCACAACAAAUAUUCAAACAAAAUAGAUUUCUUACUGUUUAAAUGCCAAUGUGAUGUUGUCAAUGUGAAUUGUUGUUCCAUAUGAAGGAAAAUCAGAGUGAUUUGUAUCGUUUUCCUCUCUGUAACUGGAAUUGUUCUACUGUAACAGUAAAUUUGCACUGCUUCAUUUGUAA